AGCUUCAGUAUACUGAUAAAUAACGUCCCACACCUACAACAGCAACUGCAUUUAUAUUGAAGUGAAGAAAAUACUUGUCUUAUUUCUUUUCGAGAUCCCGCCAGGGAAAGUCUACACACAAUAACUGACCAUACGACGGUGCAUUAUUUCGUGAAGGAUUUUAUUUUAUUUUCGCAUAAAUUUUAGUUUCGGUGGAUCCGAGUGUGUUGCAUUCUAAAGGAUCAAUUCCUGCGAAUGUUGUGAAUUUGAAUUUUUAUUCGACGAUUUGUGCCGAUUUACGUAAAUAGUGUUUUUGAACUUUGAGUAAAAAGGAAUUUUUCAAUUUUAAACCAUGAAUUCAAGACUUAAUAGUGUAAUUUUUGUGAUAAUUCAUAUGGCUGCUGUAGCAGUUCUGGCUGAUGUACCAAAAUUUUAUCAAAAUCUAAUUGACAGUGGAAAAUAUAUUCGGAGACGAAAUGAAGGUACGGGCCGAUACAUACCAAUGGAUGACCGUAAAUAUAUUCACGUUCCUGAUAUGAGAGAAAAGGGAAGGUACAUACAUAUACCAUUUCCAUAUGAUGGAGGAUAUGGGCCAUACUUCGGACAAAACAUUCCAUACGACUAUGAUCCAGCUGGUGAAUACAGUUUCGACAAAUACCAAACAGUAAGUAAUCCGAAUGACCCUUUCAACACCAAUGAAUACACGAUCCCCAGACCAGAAAUAUACCUCCAAUAUGGAUUUCCACAAUUUUCACCUAACAACGUCGAAGACAAUACUGACCGAUCAGCAUCAGCGUCUCAGCAAAAUUCAGAAUAUAAUACUAACACUGAAUUGGCUUGUGACUGUCCACAACGCGACAGCGCAUCAGCAGAAUCCGUUCCACCAACCGAAUCCAACAUUCCACAUACAGAAUCAAUCACCGAUAUCCCAAUAAACCAAGACAUUUCACAAACGGUUACUGACACCGAAUCCACAUAUCCAAAUACACCACUUCCAGAAAUCCCAAACGAUAUCCAUAAAAGAAUACGCAAAUCCAUAAUUGAUUAUUCACAGACAGAGAAUUCGGUACCAAAACCCACACCAAGACCUCGAAAACUCUACGACGAUGAAGGCAAAUGGAAAAUAAUUCGUCAAGAUGAAAAUAAGAAAGAGACAAAUUACGAAUAUUUGUAUGAAACGGAAAACGGUAUUCUUGCUGAAGAACAAGCUGUCGUUGGUCGGGAUAAGGACGAUAAUAGUGGGACUAGUGGUCAAGGUUUUUAUCAAUAUAUCGGCGAUGAUGAUCAAGUGUAUCGCGUUGAAUAUACUGUUGGUGAACAGGGAUUUGUACCGAAGCUUGUGUUUCCCAGACUUAAACUGAACAAAGGAAAAAAAUCGUAGGUCCGCUGGUUGCACUCAAAUGAUCGUGAAGAAUUGAAUAAAUUAUUUAAAUUAAAUUAAAAAUAGAGACAAGUUGCUUGGUUGGUCAAUAAAAUAUUUUAAAUGAAAAAUAAUCGCAUAAUCUGACUUAUAGAAUUUAAAACUAUGAACAUUCCAACAAAAUAUGCAGACAUGCAAAUUUUAAUCGGUCCGAAAAUUGAAGAGCAUCACAACGCCAUGGAAAGCUCACACAUCAAAUAAAUUAUGAAUAUCUGACGGUCAAAAUAUCGUUUAACUUUUCAUACAUCUAAUGCAGUAAGACAAAUACAAAGCGCCCAGAUUAUGCACCAAAAUUUUCCAAACACAAAUAUCACGACACACGAUAAAAAAAAACUUAAUUCUAAUUCUAUAAAAUUAACUUUAUUUUGAAAAGAUUUUGAAAUCGCAUCAUUAAUAUUGUUUUGCAUAAAACGUGUGUGAACACCAGAAUCUAAAAAAAAAUAUUCUCAUCCAUUGCCAUUCCGAAAAUUGGGGCCUCAUUAUGAAUAUGAAAUUAAUAUGGAUUAUAAAUAAAGCAUAAAAAGUCAAAUUUAAUUUAUUAACACUUAAAUAUCAGACAUAAUGUCUGCUAAGUCAGUUCAGUUAUUGUUUUCGAUUUAUUUUAAUUAAUUUAUUUUGGAAGGAAAUUGAGAUAUCAAACGAAUGAAAAAGCGACAUGAAUAAUUUAUGUGUACGAUGUAUUGAAAACAACGAUUUAGUUUUUAUAACUUUUCUAUUGAUUUUUUUUUUGGUUUUGUUAAAAUGAAAUUUAAUUUAGACAAAG